AGUGAGUACACCGGAGUCCGGAGCAGGCGCUGCAGGAAGGAGCUGUUGGGCGGCUUCCGUCUGGCGAAUGGGUUCCUGCCUUGACGACCGCUGACGGCUUGCGCGGAGGCGGAGGGAAACGCUCCAAAUUUCCAGAAACCUACCACAGAAUGUGCACCUGGCUUAUCCUUUGGCGAAUCCCUCAACCUCCCUUGCACGGUGCAGCGUGUAGUAACAGGAGCGUGGUCCCCUGGAGCUGUCCUCUCCGUGAUCUCGUCGCAGCCAAGGUUGAUCCGUAGCACCAGGAUAUCGGUAUUUUCAGUCUACUGUGCCAGUGCAGUUCACGGUGUGAAGCCAUUCCCUGGCUCAGCCCUUUUCCAUUUCACUUCCGGAAGUGUGUCAUCCACCUUCGCGUUUCCCCAGGGAAGUGAUAACAGAUCACAGCACUUCUCCCCACGUAUCUCUGCAAACAUUUAUCGAGUACGCGUUAGGUGUUAGUUACCGGGACGUGAUUUUUCAGGCAGGAUCCCACAUCCUGGAAUUUACUGAACGGUGAUGAAAACACGCAUUAACAGUUGUCUUGUAUACUUUACUGGAUUCACAUCCUACUCCAUUAACCUCUAACUCCCUUGGCUCUACAACACAAAUGGGAGAAAGACAUAGAGAGAAAGAUACACAGAGGAACACAUUGGCUCCAAAGCACUUCCUCUGGUUUAGGAAGGCAAGGCCCUGGAUAAGAAUGACAAGACGAUCAUUCCAAAAGGACAGAUGCUGAUGAUUUUCUCUGGGACCUCCAGUAGAUGAACACAUCACUCAAAAACUGUAGCAGUUUGAGGAAACUGCCUCUUUCAAAAUUAUACCCAGUCAUGGAUACUAAUGAUGACCCCGAUGACGACCAUCUUACAAGUUAUGAUAUUCAGCUCAGUAUUCAAGAAUCCAUUGAAGCCAGCAAGUCUGUAUUUUAUUCUGAAAGAUUUGCACCACUAAGUGAUCAAAACAGAAAACUUGUGGAAGCCAUAAAACAAGGUCACAUUCUUGAGCUCCAGGAAUAUGUGAAAUAUAAAUAUGCAUUGGAUGAAGCUGAUGAAAAAGGAUGGUUUCCACUGCACGAAGCUGUUGUUCAACCCAUUCAACAAAUACUUGAAAUUGUUCUGGAUGCAUCCUACCAGACACUCUGGGAGUUCAAGACCUCUGAUGGAGAAACACCCUUGACUUUGGCAGUCAAAGCUGGUCUGGUGGAAAAUGUAAGAACUUUACUAGAAAAGGGAGUGUGGCCAAACACCAAAAAUGACAAAGGAGAGACGCCCCUUCUGAUUGCUGUAAAAAAUGGCUCCUAUGACAUGGUGUUCACACUGCUUAAACACAACACCAGCCUUGACCAGCCCUGCAUGAAGCGAUGGUCAGCAAUGCAUGAAGCAGCCAAACUAGGCCGCAAAGAUAUCAUAGCUCUGCUACUAAAUCACGGAGGCAAUGUCCACCUGAGAGAUGGAUUUGGGGUUACACCAUUAGGCGUUGCUGCUGAGCAUGGUCACUGUGAUGUGUUGGAACACCUGAUCCACAGAGGUGGUGAUGUGUUUGCUUUGGCGGAUGAUGGGGCAUCAGUGUUGUUUGAGGCAGCAGGAGGGGGCAAUCCUGACUGCAUUUCCCUCCUGCUGGAAUACGGAGGAAGUGGAAAUGUACCCAACAGAGCAGGGCAUCUUCCAAUACACCGAGCUGCCUAUGAGGGACAUUAUCUUGCUCUGAAGUAUCUUAUCCCAGUAACAUCCAAAAAUGCAAUCCAGAAAAGUGGCCUAACACCAAUUCACUCUGCAGCAGAUGGACAAAAUGUGCAAUGCCUAGAACUGCUUAUUGAAAAUGGCUUUGAUGUCAAUACCCUGCUUGCUGACCACAUUUCCGAGAGCUAUGAUGACGAGCGGAAGACGGCGCUGUAUUUUGCCGUUUCUAACAAUGACAUCCAGUGCACAGAAGUCCUUCUGGCUGCAGGUGCAGACCCAAACCUAGAUCCUCUCAACUGUCUACUUGUGGCAGUGAGGGCCAAUAACCAUGAAAUUGUCCGGCUGCUUCUCUCCCAUGGAGCUAACGUCAAUUGUUAUUUUAUGCAUGUGAAUGACACGCGUUUCCCCAGUGCCAUUCAGUAUGCCCUCAAUGACGAGGUAAUGCUGAGGCUGUUGCUGAAUAAUGGCUAUCGAGUGGAGAUGUGCUUUGACUGCAUGCAUGGGAACAUCUUUGGAAAUUCAUUUGUGUGGUCAGAGAUAGAAGAAGAGGUACUACCAGGGUGGACAUCUUGUGUAAUAAAAGAUAACCCGUUUUGUGAGUUUAUUACAGUUCCUUGGAUGAAACACUUGGUAGGCAGCGUUAUUCGUGUAUUAAUUGAUUACAUGGAUUAUAUUCCUCUGUGUGCUAAGCUGAAGUCUGCACUAGAAGUACAGAGAGAAUGGCCAGAAAUCCGUCAAAUACUAGAGAAUCCUUGCUCAUUGAAGCAUUUGUGCCGGUUAAAAAUUCGAAGGCUUAUGGGACUCCAGCGACUCUGCCAGCCAGCCUCAAUGGAGAAGCUCCAUCUACCACCAACCAUCCAAAGAUACAUAUUAUUUAAAGAGUAUGAUCUCUAUGGACAAGAGCUAAAUUUGCCGUUUCCUCAUCAGCAAAUUGAAGACAAUUUAAACAAGAAAGGUACUCAUGAAAUGAGCAAGAAUGCCAUCAUGAAAUACAAACACUUCUGUGUCCAGCUGGGCUUGUUCAUUGGUUGGAGACCAAACUCAGGAGAUGACUGACCAUAAAGCAGGAGCUUCUGGGCCCAUGUGAGU